AUGGCCGUACCGAAAGUGACAGGUUCUUGGAAGCGCAUCCUCGACGCUGAAACCCUCCGCCGCUCAUCCCAAGUAGUUGCCUCUUUCGGCAGCCAGCUGUUCCUUUUCGGCGGAGAACUUCAGCCCAGGUUGCCGGUCGAUAAUCAUGUCCAUCUCAUUCAGCUAGAUGCCGCGCCGGGUCAGGCCGCAGUGUCGACGCUGGCGGCCGACGACGGUUCUCCAUCGCCGCGGGUUGGAUCAGCAUCGGCCUUGCUGCACGACGUCGUCUAUUUAUUCUCCGGCCGCGGCGGCGAGGCCAUGGCUCCCAUUGAGGAAAGGGGUUCAUUGUGGGCAUACGAUCGCAAUACGUCCAAAUGGUCGACCGUUGCGCCGCUCAGUGCAAGCGCCCCCUAUCCGCCAGCUCGCAGCUACCACUGUCUAGCCAGCGACGGCAAGAACAAUAUUUUCGUCCACGCUGGCUGCCCCGAGAAGGGCCGCUUGGCCGACCUGUGGUCUUUCGACCUGGCCACUAGAAAGUGGGUGGAGCUCGCUUCUGCGCCCGAUCCUCCCCGCGGGGGAUCGUCCAUCGCCUACGCCCAGGGCAAGCUGUACAGGAUGAACGGCUUCGACGGCAACACCGAGCAAGGCGGCAGCCUGGACGUCUUUGACCCAGUCGAGAACAAAUGGUCGUCGAUCAAGUACACGCCCGAUGGAAACGAGGGCCCGGAGGCACGAAGCGUGAGCGCCCUGCUGUUCGUCCACAUAGCCGGUCGCGCCUCGCUGGUCACGCUCUUUGGCGAGCGCGAUCCAAGCGCUUUGGGCCAUCAGGGCGCUGGCAAGAUGCUUUCUGACGUGUGGGUGUUUGACAUCGAAUCAGCGAAAUGGGCCAGGGUUGGUGGCGCUUCCGCCUCGGCACAGCACCAGCCGCCCGCCCGCGGCUGGUUUGCCGCAACCGCCGGCGACUCUGCAACUAUUCUCGUCCACGGCGGUCUGGCAGAGACAAACGAGCGGCUGGGAGACCUGUGGCAGCUGGUGCUCUCGGCGUGA